UUAAAAAAUCUGACCAAGCUAGAAGUCAGACUGACCCUGCGUAGAGCGUGUUUCGGAUCUUCCUUCGGUACCACUUUAGAGGCGUAAUCUCGAGGAAGUCGUCCUUUCUUGUCCCGAAUUAGUUCGGCUUCUGGUGCCAAUUUCAACAAGUAGUCGAUACAAGGCUGAUAAGCUCUCCUGUAUGCAAGAUGUAACGGAGUACGCCCAUUCGUGUCUUUACAAAGGGCCAUGUCUUUCUGAAAAAGCAGCUGCUUUAGGGUUCGCUCGUCCUCUGCCGCGAUAG